AUGGAUGAAAACGAGAUCAACCUUAUACGCGAGAUCGGAUGGCAUCGAGGAAAGAAUCGUUUCUAUCGGGCCUGCUACGUCUUACUCAAAGAGUUACAAGACGUUGUGGAACAGGCCACUGACGAUCUUCUACUGCAAUAUCAUUCCGAACCAUAUCCAGAUGAGUACGAAGCGGGAUAUAGCGCCGUCACGGAUAUUGCCGUUAAGCUCCGACAGAAAUUGGAAUCAUUUUCUCGGCGUGAGUCAGAGGCGGCUGAUGCAUGGGACGCCCUCUGGACCACUACGUAA